UAAUUCGGAAAUUUUCCUGGAUUUUUCCUUCCCAGAGCAAAGGAUCCCUCUGAUGGGCAGCUGGCAGCAUUAGGCCCUUCAUCAAGAAGAGAUGAUAUGAAGUGCUGUUAAUCCUCUGACACCGUGCCCUGGAUCCUCAUGGUAUGUCUGAAGGACACAUCUCUGCAUGUUCUGAAUUUGCCAGGUGAAGCCCAAGAAUAACUUUCCACGGGAGUUUGUGACCUCUUAAAGAGGAAGAAGUCAAGAGAGGGCAACUUUUAUUCUAUAUUUAGCCCUAGGUUGUCCUCAUGAAUACUCCCGUGGAGAAUGUCCAUGAUCUUCUUUGCCUGCGUGGUGAGGGUGAGGGAUGGGCUUCCCCUCUCAGCCUCCACAGAUUUCCAUCUCAACCAGGACUUUCUGGAGUGCAGGAAGAGGCUGAAGGCUCUGUCCUCCGUCCUGGCGCGGUACCCCAGUCGGGGCACGGCCAAAGGACGUAACCUCAGCAUCCAUUUCCUUUCUUCUGGGGAUAUUGCCUGCAUGGCAAUCUGUUCCAGCAGCUACUCAACCAUCAUGGCCUUCUGCUUCCUGGAAGAGCUUCGCUGGGAAUUUGCUGCUUCCUACAACACAAGGAGCAUCAAUUCAGCUUCCAGACCAUAUGCUUUUAUUGAAUUUGAUAACACCAUUCAGAAGGUGAAACAGCAUUUCAACAGCAGCCGUGGCUCCAGGGCCAAGGGCAGCUGGCAGAGGGUGGAGGAGGAGCUGAGGCUGCAGCCCCCAGUGCAGCUGCAGCUGGAGAACACAGAGCUGCUGAACGGGCUGAGCAAUGGAGGGCAUGCAGGAGGCCAUGUGGAGGUUGUCCCUACUUACAGAAUGCAGCCUGUGACCCCCCUGGGCAUUCUGUCACUUGUUCUGAACAUCAUGUGUGGAGCUCUGAACCUCAUCCGAGGAGUUCACCUGGCAGAAUAUUCCUUUCAGGAGGACCAUGAAGGAAUUGGAAAUGUGAUCGCUUUUUUUCUACCUUUUCUAGCCUGUGUUUUUCAGUGUUACCUGUACCUCUUCUACAGCUCAGCCAGGAAGGUGAAGACAUUUGUGCUCCUUUUCUGUGUCUGUUCAUGCAACAUCUACUUGUAUGGAUUGAGGAACCUCUGGCAAAUCUCCUUCCACAUAGGAGUGGCUUCUCUUUCCUCUUACCAGAUCCUGACAAGGCAGCUCCUGGAGAAGCAGCCUGACUGUGGUGUAUGAAAAAAACAACAAACUUGGGGUUUGCUACUCUGUUUUUACAACUCUUUUUUUUGUAUUCACCUGGCCAAAAAUAGCUCAGAGUGUUUUUUAAGCAUCCAUGGCAAUGGUUAUUGCAAGGAGAACAGCUCCAAGCAACUUGGGAUGAGCAGGAUCCUGUAAUUCUGUCCAGCACACAGCGAGGGGUGCAGCUCUAUUUCACAUGGUGGGGCUUGUCAGUGUCACCAGAGAGGGAAGUUCUUACCUUCAGCAGGCUUUUCCUCCUUGGUUGCCACCAUGCAGACAGCAUUUUGCCAUUUGUCUCACUGGCUCUGGGACAGCUGGGCAGGUCAGUCUUGCCCUGCUGCUGCAAAUACUCCAAUAGUGUGGUAAAACAAGGGUCAAGUGAUGGGUAACAUUUCUGUCUCUCAAUUGUCUUGGUGUACAUGUGAGUAAAGGGCUGUUUGCUGU